AAAUGGUUAUUUUAUUAUUGGGAGACUGAGAGAGAGGGAGAGAGAAAUGGCGAGAUUCGCGUUAGGUGGAGAUGAAGAUGGAGAAGGCGAAGGAUCCCGUAUUCCCAGGCCCAAGAAGCCUCGUCUCGCUCCUAAUCUCCUUCCUCAAUAUCCCGCAGCUCGCAUCGCCAUAAUCGAACAACAACCACUACAACCACCGCAACCACAAUCGCAACAGGUACGGACUGUUGCGGAAGAUGAAGAAGCAGAUGAAGAAUCCGAAGGAGAAGAAGAGGAGAGUGAAAGCGAAGUAGAAGCAGACGAAGAGAGUGAAGAAGAAGAAGAAGAAGAAGAAGAAGAAGAAGAAGAAGAAGACGCGGAAGGAGAAGAAGAAAUCACCGUUGACUGCUUACAGCAAGUAGGAAAUUCCUACCCCUUACGGGUGCCGCGGAUCAUCGAUUUGCUUCUGCAGAACCGCACAGCACAAGCCAACCACCAAGUGGGUUCUGCUUCGGCCAGCCUUACAUCCGACGCCAGAGUCCAAGAGGGCAGUCCUCCUCCGAUCUCACCCGUCACCGAUGGGUCGCUUGUCUUCACCUUAGCCGACCCAGAAGUGCUUGAUUGCCUCAUUUGCUAUGAACCCUUGACCAUCCCUGUCUUCCAGUGUGAAAAUGGGCAUAUAGCUUGCUCCUCUUGCUGCACCAAGAGUAAAAAUAAAUGCCCCUCCUGUUCCUGGCCCAUUGGCUAUAAUCGUUGCCGGGCCAUUGAGAAGAUUCUGGAAUCAAUUAGAAUUUCAUGCCAAAACAUCAAGCAUGGCUGCAAAGAAAUGGUAACUUACAAUAAAAAAAAUGAACAUGAAAAGGCAUGUAUGUAUUCACCUUGUUCAUGCCCCCUUUCGGGCUGCAACUUCAUCUCUUCAAGCAAGCAGUUAUACCUACACUUCACUGUUAGUCAUGUGGAUUAUGCAACACGCUUCCUGUAUGGCAUCGAUUUUUCCAUCACCUUAAAUAUUAAGGACAAAUUUCUUGUUCUCCAAGAAAAGAGAGAAGGUAUAUUAUUUAUCCUUGACAAUCAUGCUGAAAAACUUGGAAAUUUAGUGUCGCUUCGUUGUAUUCAACCCAUCUUCAAGGGAGGCUUCUACUAUGAUCUUCUUGCUAAAACCAAUGGAAGUUCUCUCAGAUUCCAGUCCUUCACAAAGAACUCUGCAGGCCAGGUUAUUAGCCCUUCUUCAACAGGUUACUUUAUAGUCCCUAGUGAUUUUUUCAGUUCUGGCAAGCUCAACAUGGAUCUCUGCGUAUGGCGUAAUGGUCAAUGCCCAACAUCCUUUCAAAGUAUUGGUGUUGCUUAAAACAAGUUGUACUAUCAAAGGAAUGGCAUUGUGCUGGAAAGGAUCUGGUGUUUUACAUAUUUAUAAAUAUUACAAAAGAUGUCUUUUUCUUUUCUUGUUGUGGACUUCACAUCUUGUCUGCACACCAGUAUAUGUCCAUAUGUUAUACCUCUUGGUAAAAUGGGUACUUAUGCUGAGUUGUAGCUUUACUGCACCCAUCUUUACUGUAUAUACUUUUCUUGCGUGAUAAGAAGUAAUGACACCGGAAAAGUUAUGUUUGUGUUGAAGGUGGAA